AGGCAUACUUGAAUGAUGGAUAUUUUAGUGUAUUCGCAAGGAUUUUAGCUACAAAAUGUAUGAUACUGGAUAGCAAUGUCAAAUAUUCGUGUUGCAGUCAGAGUUCGACCACUAAGUAACAAAGAACAAGAGGAUGGCAGCCAAGAAAUAGUUCAGGUCAAGGAAAAUGUAGUCCGGAUCGAAAAUAUUAAGGUCCGUGGAGUUCCAGAGUUUGGUGAUACAGCUCGUGCACGUGCCCGCGACUUCACAUUCGACCAUGUGUACGACAGUGUACAAGGCAACGCUCCAUGCGCAUCGCAGGCUCAGGUCUUCAAUGAUCUUGGUGCAGAGGUUCUCCACAAUGCGUUCGGCGGGUUUAACGCCUGCGUGUUCGCGUACGGGCAGACGGGCUCUGGCAAGACACACACAAUGAUGGGAUAUCCGGGUGACGUAGGGCUCAUUCCAAGAAUUUGUGAGGGUUUAUUUGAGCAUAUCCAAGACAGCGGAGAUGACCAUGUCACUAGUCGUAUCGACAUCAGCUACUUUGAGAUUUACAACGAGCGUGUACGGGACCUUCUCCAGCCCGAUCUGCUACGACAGAAUGAAAACUACUCGCUUAAAGUCAGGGAACAUCCGAAGGAAGGACCAUAUGUCAAAGGGUUGUCAUGGCAUCGUGUGAAGAACAACGAAGAAAUCCAGGCAUUACUGGAGAAGGGAAAUGAACACAGAGUCACAGCAGAGACGUACAUGCAUGACCAGAGUUCCCGAAGCCACGCGAUUGUUACCAUCAACUUUACACAGGCUCGCCUGGAGGAAAACCGUCCCAGUGAGAUUGUCAGCAAAAUCAACCUUGUCGAUCUGGCUGGAAGUGAGCGUGCAGAUCCAAGCUCAAAACCCGACUUCAGGAAGCGACUCACAGAAGGGGCCAACAUCAACAAGUCACUUGUCACUCUCGGAUAUGUCAUCAAAACUCUAGCUGAGCGAUCACUCCUGUCUUGGGAAACAGAUGACAUGGGCUCACUCCAGAGUUUUUCUGGCAGUGGGGGAGGGGAGUCCCAGGCUAGCUCCACCCCCGCAGGACCAAAUAAACAACGCAUGCCUUACAUUCCAUAUAGAGACUCUGUCCUUACUUGGUUGCUUAAAGACAGCCUCGGGGGAAACGCUAAAACCAUCAUGAUUGCCACCAUUACUCCUGCCAGCCAGUAUUACAGUGAAAGUAUUAGCACACUUCGAUACGCCCAGCGUGCCAAAAACAUCAUCAACAAACCACACAUAAACGAGGACAGCAAUGUAGCGCUGAUUCGAGAACUCAGGAAGGAAAUUGGAAGACUCCAUGGAAUGUUGGCAUCAGCUCAGAAGGCCGGGACAAUAGUCAGUCUUCCAGAAGCAGACAAUGCUGAUAUAGCGGAGAAGCUCCAUGAAAAUGAGGAAAUGGCGGCGCAGCUAAUCCAAUCCUGGAUGGGUAAAUGGUCCUCUACACAUGAUAUCAUGAAGGAGUCUGACUUGAGCAUCAGAGGACUACGCAAUCGGUCGAGCUCGAUGGGGGUGAUGAUCGACUCUCAACUCCCAUACCUAGUCGGCAUGGACGAUGAUGUUCUCAGCACUGGCAUUGUUAUCUUUCAUCUCAAAGAGGGAGAGACGUUGGUAGGUCGAGGGGAUGCCGACGCAGAGAGGGACAUAGUUUUGGAGGGCCCUGGUAUAGAGACUGAGCACUGUGUGAUAGAGAAUGCAACAGGGGAGGUAAUACUGAGGCCCGGCCAGGGGGCCCUGUGUUCUGUCAAUGGUCAGGAAUGUACACAACCAACAAAACUCUCUCAGGGAGAUUAUGUGAUACUUGGGGGAAAUCAGGUCUUCCGUUUCAACAAUCCUGCUGAGGCUGCCAAACUCAGGGAAAACAGACAAAGUCAAGGCAGCCUCAAUACGCUUGGUGUUGGAUACUCCUCCUACAGCGGGCUCUCUCGGGCGAGCAGCUACAGCUCCAUUGGCGGAGAUGACUCAAACUAUCUAAGCCCGCAGUCUCAACUGGCACGGUCCUACCCAAACCGAGACCUUGAACGACGUUACCAGAGUGAACAAGAGAGGAUUGGACAAGCAAGGACGGAACUUGAACAACUUAAAAGUGAGCACGAGCGUGCAGAAGAGGCUCGUCAACUUCGGGAAGAGGAAAUGUACGCAGCGCAUGAGCAGCAUCGUGCGGAUAUCGAGGACCAGAAACAUCAGCUUUUACGACUUGUGGAGGAAAAUGAGCGUGCACGUGAAAAAGCAAAGGAAGAGUUGCAGCUCGCACGGGAAAGUCUUGCAAAGGAGAGGGAGGCUUUUCAGAAACAUUUAGAUGGGGAGCGUCAGAAACUUCGUGAACAGCAAAAACUAGAACAACAACAACAACAACAGGGGUCCCAGGGGUCGAUAUCAAUACAAACAGAUCCCUUGUGCACAACGACGACCUGUGUGGGGUCAGAUGAUGGGCUAAGCAGUGGACACAAGGAAAUGGGGGUGGGGCCUAACCCGGGGGUAGAUGAAGAAGAUGGGCUGAUUUUGGCCAAAGAUGUGACAGUAUUCAGAGAGGGCAGAAAGAUGUCAACUAAAGAACAGCUUGCUGAACUUGAUCAGGAGGAAUUUUCCCGCAGGAUGUCGUAUCGUGAGACGGAGGAAAGUCUCGCAUUUCAACAGGAGGACAUAGAAGACAGCUAUGGUCAGACGCAGCAGCAAAUCCAGGCUAGAAUCAGGAAGAUACAGGAAAUGGAGGAAGAAUACAAAGAACUUGACAAAGCACAUCUGCAGGAUAUAACUACUCAGGAACUGUCCACUGUCUUGAUGCCACUGGACCAGUACUGUUAG